CAUAUUAAAUGGAAUUAAUGCAUGUGCAUUUUAAGAAAUUUAAAAAUGACAGUUUGGUGUUUUGUACACCACAAGGGGGAGUCAUAGUUUGAAACACAAGAUAAUUAUUUCUGGAGGGCAGUACGUCUAAAAAGUGGUGGUUUUAAGACAGACACUGAAGAAGAAGUACUUCCGGAAAGCUGUUUCCAUGGCAAUCAAACAUGGCGCCAGGUUUUUUUUCUCUGCAGGAAACCAACCGAUUCUGUCAUCCACUCCUCUGCAACUCCUUUUCUACCUGAACAUAUGGUAUUUUGCAGCUUUUUAUCUGGCAGAGAUCCUCAUGUUUAUCUACAAAGGCAUCAUUCUGCCGUACCCUCCAGAUAAUCUCAUCCUGGACGUUGUGCUUCUGGUCAUCUUACUGGCUCUAGAGACACUCAGGAUAUUUUACGGUUGGAAGGGAAACCUUUGUGAGCGAUCUCUGGCAUUGUGUGCUUCACUUUUCAUGCUCUUCCCCUGUGCUGCGCUUGCCGUGUACUACCUGCUACUGCAGACCUUUGUACUGCGGCUGGAAUUCAUACUUAGUGCUAUUCUUCUCUGCUUCUACGGCCUGGAGCUGCUGCUCGGACUCAUCUCCUUAUCUGCCUUCUCCAGAUCUAAAGUGUACUGAGACCAGCAUGAGUUUACCUAAUUAACAAACAGGAGAACGAAGGCUCUUCCACACCUAAAGUACAUUGUACAAGAAAGUUUUCUUUUUUAAAGCUGUUUCUUUGUAGUGUUUCUUAAGAGUUGUAGAUACUAAUCUGAUUUCUUAAAACAAUAAUCUUUGUUAAAGACAACAGCCUGUGUUAAUAGUAAUUUUUUGUUAGUUUUUUUAUAAAGUGUAAAUAUAAAUAAAGUAUUUUUUGUGUUUCAUAUACAUAUUAAUGACUAGAAAAGUGUAAUAGAGUGAAAAUAAAACAAUAUUUUCAAGGA